AUGGCGACCGACGUCCACAAAACCGAUGCGAAGCGCGAUACUAAGGUUCCUGCGCCAGCCCCCAACGCGGGCCUGGCCAGGAAACCAAGCGAUCCUCAUCCGGCUGGUCGCGUCAAGCACAGCCUAGUAAUGCAGGUCCUUCGGGGCUUCUCAUUUGGCGUUUACUUCGCUGCUUGUUGUCUUGCCAUCAUCACGACCCAGCUCUUGGGCGUUCCACUAUACUGGGCGAAUCGCGACAUGUUCUACUCCUACAUGGCUCUCACGAAGCAGUCUUUUGGCCUGACUAUCACUGCCAUGACGCACAUUUGGAGCAGCACUACCAUCAGGAUAAGCGGCGAUGCGUCGAUGAACGGGCAGAUCCAAAAGACGGCGGACGGAAGGGUCCAGUUCAACUUCCCAGAGCGUGUGGUGCUCAUCGCAAACCAUCAGAUCUACACCGACUGGCUCUACCUAUGGUGGGUGGCCUACGCAAACUCUCCGAGCAUGCACGGUCACAUCUACAUCAUUCUCAAGGAGUCGCUCAAGUACAUUCCUGGCGUCGGCGCUGGCAUGAUGUUCUACGGCUUCAUUUUCAUGUCGCGCAAGAUGUCGACCGAUCAGCCACGACUUGCGCAUAGACUUCAGAAGCUGAAGAAGCAACAUGUUGGCGCCAACGGGAACAAGUACCUCGAUCCCAUGUGGCUCCUGCUCUUCCCCGAGGGCACGAACUUGUCCACCAACGGUCGCAGGAAAUCGGCCGCGUGGGCCAAGAAGAACGACCUCAAGGAUCCUGAACACGUGCUUCUCCCCCGGAGCACUGGCACCUUUUUCUGCUUGAACGAGCUGAAGGGCUCCCUCGAUUACGUUUACGACUGCACAGUCGCAUACGAAGGAGUUCCCCGCGGCAAGUUUGGCGACCAGUUCUUCACUCUCACCAGCACUUACUUCCAAGGUCGCCCCCCAAAGUCGGUUAACUUCCACUGGCGCCGCUUUCGCCUUGCCGAUAUUCCUCUAGAUGACGCCAAAGUCUUUGACACCUGGCUUCGCGAGCGGUGGUACGAGAAGGACGCCAUCAUGGAGGAGUACCUUUCUACCGGACGGUUUCCCGCGAGCGAGGAUCUUAAGGGUGGCUUCCUCGAGACGGAGGUCCGCUUGAAGAGCUGGAUCGAGCUCGGGCAAAUCUUCGUUGUAAUCGGUAUUGCCGGUCUCGUCUUGCGCAUUGUCGCCAACUCCAUCACGAGAUUCGCUUCGGUUCUCUAG